UGGCGCUGGCGAGCGCGCACGACACUCACGUUCACGUUCACCCGGUUCUCACCUACCUCGUCGCCGUCGACUCGUCAACGUCGUCGACGGCAGUAGUGGCCCGCGCGGGCCUGAUACCUCAACGAAAAAAAAACUAAUGUCACGAUAGCGCCGCGAGUUGGCACGCGGUUGCCCGCGAUACGAGACUCGCCGCGGUCCAGACCUCCACACAGUCCAGACUCGGCCCAACUCGGCUGCGGUGACGAGCGCUGACGAGUAGUGACGAGUUAAGACGAGAGAGAAAGAGAGGGAGAGGGAGGACGCGUCCGCACCCGUGCCCGUCUCGUCUGUACGGUGUGUGCUCAUCUCCAAUGGCCGCCGACGGCGCCGACCCUUAUUUACUAAAGUUUUCAAAAUGGCGGCCCUUCGGAUUCUCGCAUGCGGUAACCUCGUCGCGGUCCCCAAGUCUGUACAGUUGUUGAAUCGCGUCACGACCACGCGAGUCUCUCAGAUUCAACAGAGAUGGAGUAGUUACCAAUCAUCUUCAAAAUAUAAGACACCUGAAGAUUACACAGAUUACGAGAUUAGCAAAAAUGAAAACGAAUGGAAAUAUGUAGAGCGUUUACUUCCAUACAAAAUAAUACCUAAACCAUCAACUACUGAGAAUAAAUUCCCAUCUGGCUAUAAACCAGCAUCUGCUUCGCCUAAGGAUAAUCCCUACUUUAUAGAACGUACCAAAAAUUACAUGCAGCCUGUGUACUUGUAUAGAAAUCCCAGAGGAUGUAAAAGAGUUACAGAAAUUACAAAAAUUCAAGGAAAUAUAUGGGCUUUAGAACAAGACAUACAGCAAUAUGUACAACAAAACAUGGGACAUAGACUUGCUAGCCAGAUAAACGAAUUUGCAGGUUUACUUAAAUUUAAAGGUGACUAUGUUAAUUGUAUUAAAAAAUGGAUGGAUACGAAAGGUUUUUAAAAAUAACUGGUUUCU